AUAUCUGGUAAAAUGCAAAUUUGACCUUGCUUUUGAAAUGACCUUUGAAAAUUAAAAAUAAUUAUUUCUUAUAGAAAAUUACAUUUCGCGGUUGGUAGAGAUGUGCGAAUGUCGUGAUUCGAGUAUGGAUGUCAAGACGCCCAGGAAUGUUUAUUUAUCAGGUUUUUACAAAAGAAGCUUCGCAUUCCACACAGUCAAAAAUCGUAUGCCCGUAAUUCUCACUCAGCUCAUCGACGGUUUAGCUCGUAGAAAAGUUGAAAUCAGCAUAGAAUUUGGUGAUCGAUCAGCAGAGGAAUUGAAAAUGGUCAUUGGAGAAUUAUCCAAGUUAAAAUAUGAGAUUCAGACGAAUAAGCCUUUACGAAACUUGACUAGUGAUGCGCCAGAUAUUCAGUUAUAUAACGAAUACAUCGCGAAGCAGGCCACCGAGGAGGGUCACGCCACUUAUUUUAACACAAUUUGGCUUCUGACUGAAUGCUACAUGUACAGGAAGAUAAAAGAGGUCUUUGAAUUGACUAGUUCUUUGAGAGAUUUCGAUUACUUUCAAAGCUCAAAGAUUGAAGCCUAUGAGAAGAGCUUACCCCUAAUGACACAAAUGGGGCAGUAUUUAGUGGACAUGUUGCAAGAUAAUUCUAUAUCCUCUAGGGAUGUAUUUCUUUCAUUAUUAGAAUUAAAUUUAUGGGGAAACAAAUGCGACCUGUCCAUAUCUCUAGGUAAGGUGGCGGAACACGCAAAAUUGUUCGACACCGCCUCACUUGAGAAGUUUGUGUUAGUUAAUGAUUCCGAUAAAAUAUGGGAAGCGAUCUCGGACAAAAACGCCACUUCUGAUAUAGUGGAUAUUGUUUUGGAUAAUUCUGGAUAUGAAGUGUUUACCGAUUUGUGUUUGGCCGAUUACCUGAUCAGCACCAAACUAGCGGGAAAAAUUAGAAUAUACGUCAAGACGAUACCUUGGUUUAUAUCCGACGUAACUAUGAGCGAUUUCAAUUACACAAUUAACCAAUUGAAGCUCAGUGACAUCUCACAAUUAAAGGAACUGGGACAUAAGUGGGAGGGCUAUGUUAAAAACGGCACUUGGUCAGUAAUUGAAAACUCAUUUUGGACGUCUCCGUUCGAAUUUAAAUACAUGGAAAGCAUUUCGCCAGACCUUUACAAGCAACUGGCCCAGGCAAAAGUGAUUUUCUUUAAAGGCGAUUUGAACUACCGGAAAUUGUUCGGCGAAAUAAACUGGGACCCGUCCGCCCCCGUCGAACUCGCCCUCCAGGGCUUCCACCCCAGUAAGUUGUGCAUUCUGAGGACCAUCAAGGCCGAUAUUGUUGUGGGGUUAAAAGAAGGGGUGGCAGAAUCUAUCGAAGCGAAGAACCCGGAGUGGAUGUGGCACGGCGAUUACGGCCUGAUCCAGUUUUGUAACAAAGUAGUUCAAAUAAACUGAUAGGUAGAUUUGGGAUACAAGUUAUUAUUAUGCAGA